GCCUUCCUUUCUGGUGCACUGGCAGCCUCAUAGCUUCAGCCAUGACGCUCAAACUCAAGCGGACGAGCCAUUCCCCCUCUCCAUUUUCAUGGGAUGCUCUCAGCCCACCACGCGCGGAGUCUCCAAAUACGCCCGAAGUUACCGGUCUACCUCCUCCGCCAACAUCAUGGCUCUCUGCCCGCGACAUGAAAAUAUUUGGUGCCCAACCACUACGUGCUGACAUCGGUGUUGUGCGUUGUGCAGACUGUGACAAGCCUAUCUUGCGUAGCGCCAUUUCAGAACACAUCAGCAACUGUAACGACAUCCGUUCAGGGAAGAAAUGGGUGAAGGGCAAAACGGCAGAUAGCGAAGUUGAGCCGAAGAAAGGCAAGAAGCGGGCUGCAGACGGCGAGGACGGGGAUGAAGCCGGCGAGCCGUCUAAAAAGAAGACCAAGAUAACAAAGGGGCGUACUAAAGGCCCCGUGGACUAUGACAAGCAAUGUGGAGUGAUCAAUGAUAAAGGCCUCCCUUGCUCGCGCUCCCUCACGUGCAAAGCUCAUUCCAUGGGUGCGAAGCGCGCUGUUCAGGGUCGCUCGAAGGCGUAUGACGAGCUUUUGCUCGAGUGGAACCGUGCGAAUAAUCCUAAUUGGGUAGAGCCGGUAAAAAAAGAGACGAAAGCAGAGAAGAAGGAGAAGCGCGAGAAGGAGAAGGCGGAGAAGAAGCGCCUCGCGCAGGAGGCUGCAUUAGCAGCUGGACUGGAAGGGAAGGGCAUGCCGAAGAAGCCUGGUAGGAAGGCGAAUACAUUAGGCACUGCUGCCACACAACUGGAUGUCGAUGAAGCUGCUGAAAACUUGGAUGAUCUUGACUCAGAAGCAGAGGUCGACUCACUGGUGAAGGCCGUGCAGAGUGCACAGGCGCGUGGGAUCAUAGGAGUGCCAUUGGCUGUCCCAUCAUCGGAGAGUUCGUGGUUUGUAUUGCGGAGAGAACGCCUGCGAAAUUGCCGAGAGCUGCUUGCGAGUGCGCUCAUUCCGCCCAGCGGACGUAGUAGCAUCGCGGCAACUGUGUCUAGCAUGGCGCUUGGAUAGAUGCAUCACCCUGCCGUUGUCGCCAUUUAUAUCAUCUACAACAUAUUAUUCACGGAUUACUGGGACAUUUCAUUGUGCCAAUUAUUGGUUUAUUUCUCGAGCUAUCAUUAUUGUCGUUCUUAGCAUAUAUGUACGUGUACUAUGUAGCUGUAGCAGUAGAUCUUCACGAAGUUCACCACCCGGGACGUCACGUGAAGCAAUUAUCUCACC